AUGGAUAUUAGUCAGUACGAAAUGGAUAAUAGUAAAAGCUGUGUGUUGACUUCUGGCACACCGCAAGCUGCUCAAAAUGAACCGUGUUGCUUAGGUAUCGACGAAGCAGGCCGAGGUCCAGUUCUAGGUGCAAUGGUUUACGGUGCUUGUUAUUAUCCAUUAUCACAAUCUGAAAAAGUGAAGGAAUUAGGAGUAGCAGACUCUAAGGUUCUUACGGAAGAUAUGAGAGACGAACUAUUUCAAAAGAUAAACUCGGAUGAUUCUGUUGGUUGGUUAGUAGAGAUUAUUUCACCCAGCGAUAUAUCCACAAAAAUGCUUGCAAGGACGAAAUAUAGCUUAAAUGCCGUAUCGCAUGAUGCCGCUAUAAACUUGAUAAGACAAUCGAUCCAGAAGGGAGUUCAAGUAAAAGAGAUUUACGUCGAUACCGUUGGUGUAGCGGAAAAUUAUCAAAACAAACUAUCUGAACUAUUUCCUGAUAUUACCAUUAAAGUAACUCCAAAGGCAGAUGCAUUAUUUCCAUGCGUCAGCGCUGCAAGCAUUAUUGCCAAGGUAACUAGAGAUAAAGUCCUAAGUAAUUGGAAAUUUCCAGAAGAUGAAUCCUAUAAUUCAUCCGAUUAUGGAUGUGGAUAUCCAUCUGAUCCAGCUACACAAAAGUGGUUGAAUUCAAAUUUGGAUAAGGUGUUUGGUUACCCACAAUUUGUGAGGUUUAGUUGGUCAACAUGCCAGAAAAUCUUGGAUGAGUCUGCAGUUCGCGUUCAUUGGGAGGAUGACGAGGAAUUUGAUAACGAUAAUACCGUUUCGCUACUAUCAUUCUUCACUCAGAAAGGAGUUCAGGAAAAAGCUGUUAAACGGCACAACUUUCUGGAGUCGAGAAAGCUAAAACAAGUUGUCAAGUUUUAA